AUGCCCAUAUUUAUUAGAAGAUUUGCUUGUCAUAUGCACUAUGUAUUGUACUUUAUGUUCUUCUGGUCAUCAUUAAACACAACAGCUGCUGGUAUUAUACCCCCCUUUUUAACACCGCUCGACUGCUUUUUGUUUUGCGACAUUGUUUGCUUGAACCACACCAUCCAUCCACCGCUUGAAGACACAAUAUCCACUUUUCGCACGAGGUAA